UAGUCGGUAAUACUGGACACCGUCACAAAUCCUUCAGCUUCCAGCUUGGAGAGUUUUUACAGUCCUUGAAGAAAGGAGGUACCAAAUCCAAGUCGUCCAUUACGCACCAUCCAACGGUUGCAAAGGCUUGGUACCUCGCGGUACCGCGUCUCUAGGAAAGCAGGUACCGAGUAAUUUUCAACGGUGGAAGGGCAGAGUAGUACUUUCGCAUAUGAAUUGGAGGGGAACAUCGCACUGCUUGCUAUCGUCGCCACAAAUCGAGCAACCCGAUGCGGCAGUCGGCCUCCCGGCGGCGGUGACCACGGGGGAGGUGGUCCUAUAUGGGGAUGCGGGCAGAGUACUACCCUAUCUCCUCCCUCGUCCUCAGCGCUAGUACAGCGGAGGCGGCGGCCAUGGGAGUGGACGACGGUGGCGGAGACCUCUCGGAUGGUGGCCGUUGUUCCUCAUUGUGCUAAGAGGCCGAUGCAGACCGAGGCACCGAGCUGAGCUUCGCCGCCGCAGCAACUGUUGCAGUUGUGCAUGGAAGAGGAGGUGGACGCUGCCCCUGCAUCAUGGUAUGAAGCCAAGGCCACCAGCAGGCAGCAGCUACGCGUCCAGGGCAAGACGAUGGAGCCAUAGUUUUUUUUUUAAGACUGGUGAUGGAGCCAUGGGUGAAAACAACGUUCUGAAUAAUUGAAAUUUCUAGUUGAUAGAUAAAUUGGCUUAUUGAACAGGAAACAUGCAUACAUACUAUAUCUAUAUCAAUAUCAAGAACUUCAGAUGUUGGGUUUCUCUCAUCCAGAUUUUUCAACAAGGAUGAACACUUAGGCAGAUUUGCCCAGGUUAAAUUCAUUGGUGAAGUUAUUGUGGAAACAGAACAUCACGGAGCUGCAAAGAAGGAGCUCCAAGCACCAGCCAGCUCGAGUGCACCGACGGACAGAGGUUGAAGAAUCGGAGCGAGCUCGACGGGCCGGCGGACAAGCUUGAUGAUUUAGAGCGAUCUCGAGGGCGGUGAAUUGGAACGAGAACAGAGCGGGCGAGAGCUGGCGGCGAGGGCACAGGCAUGAAGGUCACGAACCCUGCGGACAUUCCCGGGGGUGGCCUCGAUGCGACGGCGGCGGCGCGGCAGCCUAGAUGUGCGACGGCGGCGCGGCGCAGAUGGCCAGCACAAACGACGUGAUGCGGCAGAUGGAAGAGGGGAGAAGAGGGCGGCUCAGAGGAUGUCGCUAUUUUGUUAGCCCAAUCAUACCCCUGCUAAACAACAGUUAGAUUAGAUUGGUACCUUAUGGUAACUCGUACCUCAUGGUACGCUCUCCAGCUUGAGUUGAGACGCGCUAAUCACUAGGUUUGAUGCGUGAAUAGCGUGCAUUGCCCUGAUGCACCCAUGCGAAAUUCACCGUUGUGCUCACGGUCACAGCCAUCUCCACACCAAUAGCACGUAGUGUAAUUACACCUUUGCCCCUCUGCAUCUCUCUCUCCCUCUCGUUGCAGUACUUCACUAUUAGCACGCGAAAAACUCGGCCCCAAAUCAAUGGAGCGUUAGCAGCAGAUCAACAAUUUGGAGAGAGAUUUGGCGUCAAUUUGAUCCAAAAAAUUGUUGCACGACAAGUGUUGUUUGAUCUUCUAAUCUUCUCCUUUUCAAAUUCUCUAUUUUUUUUCGUUGGGAGGGGGGAAGGAGGAGAGGAGAAAUGGGGUUCAUAUCGGGGGUGGUGAUGGGAAUGAUCAUCGGCGUCGCCCUCAUCGCCGGCUGGUCGCGCGCGAUGGCUCGCCGCGCCGCCAAACGCAGUGCCAAGGCUGCAGAUGUCAAUGCACUUGCAUCUCUCGACCGCGAAGACGUGAAGAAAAUAUGUGGAGAAAAUCUCCCAGAAUGGGUGUCAUUCCCAGAGUAUGAACAGGUUAAAUGGCUCAACAAACAAUUGAGCAAGCUUUGGCCUUUUGUUGAAGAGGCAGCAACUAUGGUCAUCAGGGAUUCGGUGGAGCCUAUACUUGAUGAUUACAGGCCGGCAGGGAUAUCCUCACUGAAGUUCAGCAAACUCUCCCUGGGGACUGUUCCUCCGAAAAUUGAAGGCAUUCGGAUUCAGAGCUUCAAGAAAGGGCAAAUUACAAUGGACGUCGACUUUCGUUGGGGCGGGGAUCCUAAUAUUGUCCUUGCAGUUGACACUCUAGUUGCUUCACUUCCCAUUCAGUUCAAGAACCUUCAGGUUUACACCAUCAUCCGUGUCGUCUUCCAAUUGUGUGAUGAAAUACCUUGCAUCUCUGCUGUUGUUGUUGCUCUUCUGGCAGAGCCAAAACCAAGGAUCGACUACAUACUGAAGGCUGUCGGAGGAAGCCUGACAGCAAUGCCUGGUCUUUCAGAUAUGAUCGACGACACCGUGGCAUCUUUGAUCGCUGACAUGCUCCAAUGGCCACACAGAAUCGUCGUCCCACUGGGCGGAGUCGACGUCGACGUAAGUGACCUUGAGCUGAAGCCGCAUGGGAAGCUGACGGUGACCGUGGUGCGCGCGGAGUCGCUCAAGAACAAGGAGCUGAUCGGCAAGUCCGACCCGUACGUGGUGCUGUACAUCCGCCCAAUGUUCAAGGAGAAGACCAGCGUCAUCGACGACAACCUCAACCCCGAGUGGAACGAGACGUUCUCGCUCAUCGCCGAGGACAAGGAGACGCAGCAUCUGAUCCUUCAGGUGUUCGACGAGGACAAGCUGAAGCAAGACAAGAGGCUGGGCAUAGCCAAGCUGCCCCUGAACGACCUGGAGAUGGAGUCCGUGCAGGAGAUCAACCUGCAGCUGCUGUCGUCGCUGGACACGACCAAGGUCAAGGACAAGAAGGACAGGGGCGUGCUCACCAUCAAGGUGCUGUACCACCCGUUCACCAAGGCGGAGGCGCUCGAGGCGCUGGAGCUGGAGAAGAAGACGGUGGAGGAGCGGCGGAAGACCAAGGAGGAGACGGCGGCCGUCAGCGGCGCCGCGGACGCGGCGAGCGGCGUGACGUCCACGGUGACCCCCGCGGCUGGGGCGGGCGUCGCUGCGGGAGCCGCCGCGCCCGGAGCGGGCGCCACCGCCGCCGGCUCCGGCGUGGGGCUGGUCGGCACGGGCAUCGGCGCCGUGGGCAGCGGCAUCGGAGCGUUCGGCACCGGCCUCAGCAAGGCUGGCAAGUUCGUCGGCCGGACCGUCACUGGCCCGUUCAGCAGCGCCAGGCGCAGCGCCAGCAGCGUGCCCACCAUUGACGAAUAAAUUUCCCGAAAUUGGGAGCUUAGUACAUCACUAGUGAUAGGCAUUGGUUUCCCAUAAUCAACGAUAAUCUUUGGCUUGCGUUGCAUGGAUGUUACAACUUACAACAAGGUUUAUCAGUGUAGUGUUUUCUUUUCUUUGGUCUUGCAUGGAUGACAAUGUUACCGCAAGAGUUUUAUCAUGUAGAUAUUUUCUUUCCGUUCGUAUUAUAUAUUGAUUAUGAAAAACAGGGCUGAUUUGAGCAUGAGAUUAGGCAUGAAACUAGGGGAAAUACUCAUACAUGUUUCAUUGAUUUCAGACUACUGAAUCAAUAAUAUAUAAACGGGCCAGCUUAACAAAAUUGCUCAUUGCCUUUACCGUUCACAAAUAACAGGUAGAAAAUUCUACAAACCUCCAGACAAAUUCCAAGUUCCUAC